AUGGACGUGGACGUGGACGUUGACGUGGUCGUGGACGUGGUCGUGGUCAUGGAGGACGUGGACGUGGACGUGGACAUGGACGUGGACGUGGUCGUGGACGUGGACGUGGACGUGGACUUGGACGUGGACGUGGACAUGGACGUGGACGUGGUCGUGGACCUGGACGUGGACGUGGUCGUGGACGUGGACGUGGUCGUGGACGUGGUCGUGGACGUGGUCGUGGACGUGGUCGUGGACGUGGAUGUGGACGUGGAUGUGGACUUGGACGUGGACGUGGACGUGGACGUGGACGUGGACGUGGUCGUGGACGUGGAGGACUUGGACGUGGACAUGGACGUGGACGUGGACGUGGACGUGGACCUGGAGGUGGUCGUGGACGUGGACGUGGUCGUGGACGUAGAUGUGGACCUGGACGUGGACGUGGACGUGGACGUGGACGUGGUCGACGUGGACGUGGUCGUGGACGUGGACGUGGACGUGGACGUUGACGUGGUCGUGGACGUGGUCGUGGUCAUGGUCGUGGACAUGGUCGUGGACGUGGACGUGGACGUGGUCGUGGACGUGGACGUGGACGUGGACGUCGUCGUGGACGUGGAAGUGGUCGUGGACGUGGACGUGGACGUGGACGUGGUUGUGGACGUGGACGUGGUUGUGGACGUGGACGUGGACGUGGCCGUGGACGUGGACGUGGACGUGGAGGACGUGGACGUUGAGGACAUGGACGUGGACGUGGAGGACGUGGACGUGGACGUGGACGUAGACGUCGACGUGGACGUGGUCGUGGACAUGGAGGACUUGGACGUGGACGUCGACGUGGACGUGGACGUGGAGGAUGUGGACGUGGAGGACGUGGACGUGGACGUGGAGGACGUGGACGUGGACGUGGACGUGGACGUAGACGUGGACGUGGUCGUGGACAUGGAGGACUUGGACGUGGACGUGGACGUGGACGUGGAUGUGGAAACAAAGAACGAGAAUGAAAUGACUAUGAACGAAGUGAGUACAAAUAGGAAACCCUAA